AUGCGAUCUAGCGGUACAUUCUUGAUUAAACUGUCCGACGUGCACUGCUCUCUGGGGUUUCGUGCUCGAAGCACCUGCUGGCUGCCUGUAGCUCAGACGUAUCAAGCAGAGCACAAUAACAUCACAGUGGCCAAGUAUCAAGACAUCCACAGCUCGCUCUCUCAGGGGUCCACGUCGAACUGGUCAAGGGUCUUAAAUGAGAUGGCUCAAGUGGCUCGCAUUAUUGUGAUAUCAGCACAUGGCAAGGUGGUUCGUAGUUUACUAAUUGAAGCUCACAAGAAAGGCCUGACCAAUGGAGAUUUUGUUUUCUUUUGUUUCGAGCCGUACAAGCAAAAGGUCUUGUUUGGCAGUUUUGACUGGGAACAAGGCGAUUCAUAUGACUCAAUGGCCAAGCAGGCCUAUCAGGCUCUGUUUUUCCUGUCUCUGUAUAAACCCAGUGAUAAACGGUAUCAGGCUUUCUCAGAGAAUGUCAUCAGUAGAUCCAAAAUAGACUUUGGCUAUACAUAUGCUCAAACGGAAAAGGUUUCAGUGUUAGCAGCGAUAGCUCAUGAUACUGUCUGGCUGUAUGCUCAUGCAUUAAACGAAACUUUGGCAGAAAAUGGAAACCCAUAUGAUGGCUUAGCUGUCACUAGACGGAUGUGGAACAGAACUAUCAAAGGUAUCCAAGGAGAUGUGACUAUUGAUGCAAGUGGAGAUCGUGAGCUAAACUAUAUGAUGAAACAGAUCAGAGGUAGCAAUAACCAAUGUCAGGUUGUUGCAAACUAUUUUGGGACUUAUAAGGCAGUAAAAGGAGUUCAGAUCCUCUGGCCUGGAGGACUGACAAGUCCUCCAAAAGACUCUCCAGACUGUGGUUUUAGAGGAGAACUCUGCAUCAAUCUAGAGAGAAAAUUCUUGAUUGCUUUGGGGAUUAUUGCUGGCUUGAUGGCUGCAGGGACCCUUGCAAUCUGUGUUUUGUACAGGAAGUACAAACUCCCGGAGGAAGCUUCCAAGAUGCUGUGGACGAUCAAUGCUAAUGAUGUCAUAAUGAUGGAGCAUCAUUCCUCAACUGUGCCAGAAAAGUCCCACAGAUCCAAACCCCUUCAGGCUUCAUUGGAGUCCAUCAUUUGCAGUAUGCAAGACAAGCCAUCAGCGCAUAGAACCGCAGUCUACAAAGGCACAAUUUGUUCUGUUUCCUUCGUAAAUCUGAGAAGCACACAUCUGAACAGCGAGCUGCUGGCAGAGCUCAAACAGUUUAGGGAUCUGACCCAUUAUAACCUCUGUAAAUUUAUUGGAGCGGCCCUGGAAACAUCUCAACCAUUCAUUCUGACAGAGUACUGCCCUAAAGGCAGCCUGCAGGACAUUUUGCAGAAUGAGUCUAUCAAGCUGGACUGGACGUUUAAGUUUUCCCUCAUGCUAGACAUUGUGAAGGGCAUGGACUAUUUGCACCAUAGUCCCCUGCAGUAUCAUGGUCACCUGUCAUCCUCCAGCUGUGUGGUCGACAGCCGUUUUGUCCUGAAGGUCACUGACUUUGGACUUAACUCAGUCAGGCGUUUAGACACAGAGCAGAGCCCUGGAUCUGACCCCUGGACCGCUCUAUUGUGGAGGGCACCAGAGCUGCUGAGGCAGUCCAUUCCUGCUAAUGGCACUCAAAAAGGGGAUGUUUACAGUUUUGCCAUUAUCGCUCAAGAGGUAGUGUACCGCAGAGGGCCUUUCUACAUCCCCAACAGUCACUUCAGCCCUAGAGAGAUUGUGGAGCGGGUCAGAGCAGGUGGCUGUAGUCCAUCGAGGCCUUACAUUGACCGAGCCGAGUGUGUAGAGGAACUGGAGAGUCUAGUGGUGAGCUGCUGGAGAGAGACACCUGCAGAGAGACCUGACUUCUCUUAUAUCAGGACGGCUAUCAAGAAAAACUCUCCUCAUGGAGUCUCUGAGAACAUUCUGGAUGACCUGCUGUCCCGUAUGGAGCAGUAUGCCUGUAAUCUUGAGGAGAUAGUGAGUGAACGCACAGCUGAACUUCAGGAGGAGAAGAAGCGAGCAGAGGGACUGCUCACACAGAUGCUGCCUCGAUCUGUAGCUUCUCAGCUCAUCGCAGGAAAGACAGUGAGAGCCGAGACCUACGACUGCGUCACCAUCUAUUUCAGUGACAUUGAAGGCUUCACAGCCAUGUCAGCAUCCCUCACGCCAAUGCAGGUUGUGAAUGUGCUGAAUGACCUGUACACAUACUUCGACAAUAUCAUCGACUACCACAAUGUUUACAAAGUAGAAACCAUUGGAGAUGCGUACAUGGUGGUCUCAGGCCUGCCUAUAAGAAAUGGAGACGACCAUGCGAAAGAAAUAGCUAGGAUGUCAUUAGCUAUAGUGCAGGGAUUGAGGAGCUUCCAUAGUCCACACGUACCAGAGCAGCAGCUGAGGGUCCGCAUUGGAGUCCAUUCAGGGCCUUGUGUUGCAGGGGUUGUGGGUCUGAAAAUGCCGCGCUACUGUUUAUUUGGAGACACCGUGAACACAGCCUCUAGAAUGGAGUCAUAUGGAUUACCCCUGAAGAUCCAUGUGAGCAGCUCCACCAAGUCUCUCCUUGACACUUUCAGGAAUUUCCGCUGUGAACUCCGAGGUGACAUCCACAUAAAGGGAAAGGGCUGGGUGAGGACAUUUUGGCUUUUGGGAGAGGACUACUAAACCAGAUGUCCCACUUAAUACGGUUUAACAUGCUUCAAAAAAGAGAAAAGAAAUAACAGUUGUAGAUUUUUAUUAGAGCAUGCUAUACUCAUGUAUAAUGUUACUUUAUUUUGUGUGCUUGCAGUAUUUUAGUUACAAUAAGCAGUUCUUCACGGUAUUUAUAAAAGUUUGAGGUUAAGAUUUUAUUAGUAUUUUUUACAUCUCUUAACCUUCAGUUAUUACCUUUUACUUGGGGCAAACCAAAUUUACGGACAUUUUGCUAUUUCAGCCCAGUAUUUUGUAAAACAUCUGCAGAUUUAUGCGGAAUAUUUUUGGGAGUAUCAUAACAAAAAACUUAACAUAUGAA